AUGCUCUCUUUCGUGAUACUAGCCUCUCUCCUCCUCGCUGCCCAGUUUACCAGUGGUCAACCCACUGUGAACUUUCCAAUCAACUCUCAACUGCCACCAGUGGCCCGAGUAGACGAGCCCUUCUCGUACUCCUUUUCUCGAUACACAUUUCGGUCAGACUUCAACCUCUCAUACUCUCUCGGGGAUGCACCCAAAUGGCUCUCCAUCGAUGACGAAGGCCAGCUCUACGGGACACCAACCGACGAUACCGUUCCAGAAGGAGAUGUGGUGGGACAGCAAGUUGAGAUCAUUGCUGACGAUGGGACCGGGUCAGCAUCUCUCACUGCGACUCUUGUUGUGUCGAGAAGCAAAGGUCCCUCUAUCAAGAUCCCUCUUUCGGACCAGAUCGGGGGCUUUGGCGACUAUUCCGCUCCUUCGUCGUUGAUAUCAUAUCCAUCAACCGAGUUCAGCUUCAGCUUCGAUCCCGGCACCUUUGAUCACCAACCCAACAUGAUCAAUUACUACGCUACCUCCGGCGACAGCAGCCCCUUGCCUGCGUGGAUGAGGUUCAACGCCGGCUCCCUGACAUUUAGCGGGGAAACGCCUCCUUUCGAGUCACUUAUACAGCCACCACAAGCAUUUGACUUCGAUCUUGUCGCCUCCGACAUAGUCGGCUUCUCAGCAGUGUCCAUGUCAUUCUCCAUCAUCGUGGGGAGACAUAAACUCAGCGCAGACAAUCCAACCAUCACGCUGAAUGCCACACGUGGCAAGAAGCUCCAGUAUGAGGGCCUAGAGGAUAGUGUCAAACUCGACAACAAGCCAGUUGAUAAAAGCGAUGUCGAGGUCUCCAUGGAUAAUAUGCCCGAGUGGUUGUCUCUCGAUGAGGAAACCUGGAAGAUCGAGGGUACACCCAAGGAAGGCGACCAUUCAACCAACUUCACCAUUAACCUUCGCGAUUCGUAUCAAGACACGUUAGCCAUCGACGCCGUUGUCAAUGUGGCAACAGCACUCUUUCGAUCAACAUUUGAUGACAUCGAGAUAAGGGCGGGGAAGGAAGCCAACAUCGACUUGGGGCCGUACUUUUGGGACCCAGAUGACGUUACCGUUGAGAUAUCAGUCAAGCCGGACAGUGAUUGGCUAAAACUCGAAGGUUUCAACAUUACCGGAAAGGUGCCAAGCACUUACACCUACACCUUCGUCCACGCCCCGGGCCUCUACUUCCGCCACAUCUACUGCAUCAAAUGCACCUACCGAGACUACUUCAGAGCCCGAGGCACCCACUGGCGGUUCCAGUAA